ACCCCGCCGCCAUUGAGAAGCAGCAGCUUUUGAACUGGAUGGACGGGCAAGGAAUUGCGCACUCGAGCAAUGCAACUUUGCGGCAGCUGCAGAAACUCGCGUACGAGAAUGGUUAUGUCCCUGAUCGUCCAACCAGCCCUGUAGUUCCGACCAAAUUGAAUGCUUCAGCCGACAACGACUCUGACAUUCCGGCCGACCCUAAUUUGGAAAACGACGCCGACACGCUGACGCCGGUGGUCGGCAAGGCACGCAUACCAGAAGAAGAAGAGUUAGAUGCCGCCAUUAGAAUAUUACAAAAAAGGGCUUUGCUCACAAAACUAAUGGCGGAGAGCAGCAGCGUCAAAGAAGUGAUCCGUGCAAUGGUCCCAUUCUCGAAUCCGAGGGACCAAGACGCUGGAUUGUGGAUUAUGAAAUUAGAGCGUGCUUGUUCUGCUGUUGAUGAAAGUGACGCCUACAAGCUACGAUGCGCACGCUUAUUAAUGGCACCAAAUUCAGAGGCAGACACAUUUAUGCGGCUUGACACUUCAGAAAAUUAUGAUCAAUUUAAAACCAACUUUCUGAAAACAUUUGACAAGGCAUGUUCGACAACCGAAUUAGUGAUGCAACUUCAGAAAACUUUCUACAUUCCGGCAAAAACAUCCGUUAUGGGGUACAUUUUGCAGAUGCAAGAGUUGGCGUUGCGUGCAAGUGUAUGUGAGAUUGAAGCAGUCCACUUUAUCAUCGACGGUUUCCGUGACACGUCGCCAGCCAUUGCCUUGCUGUAUGGAGCGAAGACCUUCAAUGAGCUUAAGGAAUUAUCUCAUCGAUAUGCAGACUUAAGAGCAAAAAACAAACCAAAGUGGAACUCAUCGACCAUCUCUUCAGCUUCAACUUCAGCUUCAACUUCAGCUUCAGCACAAUCUUCAUUAACAUCGAAUGGUGAGAUGCGAUGCUACAAUUGUUCGUUGUUUGGACACUACGCUUCAGAUUGCAAGGCUCCCAAACGUGCGAAGGGGUCCUGCUUCCGUUGCGGCUCUCUCAGCCACACUAUAAAGACGUGUCCGGAGCAAAAGUACACCAAAUCAGCAAUGGAACCGAAAACUCCCAGAGAUGAAGACAGCGACGAAUACCCAUUUGUUCCGAUAUUUGACCAGCGCCGUUAAUAUUGUGAGAGCUUCAACAUUGCGAUUCCAAAACAUCAAAAAAUACACUCUUUUACCAUCAAACCUACGUAGCGUCAACGGCUCACAUCUUUUCACUUACGGAAAAAUUUACUUACACGUAACCUACCAUGACAUUGAAAAUAUGAUUUUGUUUUACAUUAUGCCAGAUGAAUACAUGUCAGAAGAUUUGCUAUUGGGUAGACCUUUUUUGAAGAAGUAUAAGUUAAAAUUAUCAUUUUAUGAACAUCAUAAGCCCGAGACAAAUAAAAUUGAAAAUUUAAGUUUCAAAUUAAGUGAGAAAAAAACCAUUUCGCCUAGCAUAAUUGUUUCCAACGAUAUAGCCUUAGAUCAACUAACUCCCACGCAUCCGGUUGACACUGCUAAUAGUUAUGAACCCCUUCAAAAAUCAAAAACACCAAUUAAUAAUUCAGAAACAUUAGACCAUAAAUUAGACAAAUUAGGGAAUGAGACAGCAGGUAGCAUUAAAAAAAAACCCCCGAGUAACAGUGAACUUCCGAUAAGUAAUGCGCUUCUAGAUGUAAUUGAGCAAACUUCCGAUAUUCAGAAUAUUUACAAUAUAGAACAAAUUGACAUUGAGGAUUACAAUAUUGAUUACAAACUUAGUGAAAACUCGCGUAGUGAAAUCCGAACAUUAAUUGAAUUAAAUUAUUUAGACCUGCCCAACAUACCAGCCAUUGAACAUAAGUAUGAAAUGAAGAUAAAAAUUAUGUCACAAGCCCCAAUAUAUUCAACACCAAGAAAGCUUUCAUAUCAUGACAAAAGAGUAGUUGACAAACUUAUUGAAGAAUUGCUGACUGAAGGCCACAUCAGACCGAGUGAUUCCCCUUAUACCUCUGCAAUUGUACUGACAAAAAAAAAAUCAGGUGAGAAAAGGCUGUGCGUUGAUUA